AUGGCGAAUGUUCGACACUUGAAAAUUGGAUUUGCCACCUUUCUACUCUUUCUUUUCCAAUCUUCACAAUAUACUACUACUUUUAGAAAAUCCCUUAUAUAUUCACUACCCAAACCUCUCUAUUUCCAAGCAGCUAGCAGAUUUCUUCUUCCAUUUGCCUUCAAUUUCCUCCUCUCCAUUGUCAAAAUGAUGGGUAGGAAUAAUGCUGUUUUGUUGGGAUUUAUGAUCUGCAUUAUCAUAGCUGGAGUUGGUGGUCAAGCACCUCCAACACCCCCUACUAACCAAGCGCCACCAACACCGCCUACUAACCAAGCACCACCAACACCUACUAACCAAGCACCACCCACACAGGCACCCCCAACACCCCCAACACCUACUACCCAAGCACCACCUUCCCAGGCACCACCAACACCCACUAACCAGGCUCCUCCAACACCCACUAACCAAGCGCCACCUACCCAGGCACCACCUACACCCACUACCCAAGCUCCACCUACACCCACUGGUUCUCCUCCUCCAGUUAACACCCUAACGCCACCGGCUCAGCCACCGCCUACUGCUUCACCACCCCCCACAGUUUCAUCCCCACCUCCCGUUGUAACUUCUCCACCACCGGCACCUCCUACUCCUACUGCUUCUCCUCCUCCGCCAGUGAACUCUCCACCUCCGCCGGCAGCGCCUUCUCCUGCGCCACUUGCAUCAACUCCUGCUCCGGCUCCCGCGAAGAAAUUGACAUCUCCGGCACCAUCUCCUUUGGGCUCGAGUCCUCCUUUACCCCCCACUGGAGCUCCAGCCCUAGCCCCGAGUCUAGGAGCUUUAUCUCCUGCAGCUACUGAUCAGAGUGGAGUGGAGGGCCUGAAGUUGUCAACAAUUGUUGUGAAAAGCUUGGUCUUAGGAUGGGGUCUACUCUGCUUCUAAUGUAGAACUCUCUUUUCAUCCUGCAUCAUUUGUUUUAGUUCGCCUCUAUAUGUAUGAAUUGCUAUCUCUUUAUUUAGCUUAGGAUGAUGAUGAUGACGGCCCAUUUCUUUGCCUGUACUUGGAUUACAUAUUCACUUUGAUUUUUUUGGAUGAUCUUGUUAAGGGGAGCUUAAUUUUUGUAUUUUGAGAGGAUUGUGUUUUAAUUGAAAUUUCUAUAUAUUUUAAUAUAUUA